AUGCCAUAUCUAGAAGUCAGACAUGGCCAGGUUCACCAGAAUAGUGUGCCAAGCAAGUGUGGUGAAACUAUUCAGACCUUGCUGGCUUCGCCAAGGAACGUCAGAGAAGAAUGCCCAUUGCUCAACUUCCGCGAACACCAUGACUCAAGCGAGGCAUCGUGGUUGACUGUGCGUAAGGAGCAGGUAGGGUCGUAUCUGCAGGAACAAGUGGGCGACUAA